AUGCUCACCUUAGCCGUACGGUUUAAAGCCUCUUCUUCUUCUUCUUCUUAUCCCCAUUAUUUAACCCGUUAUUUACUUUCCUAUGGUUCAAUCUUACCCAAUACUCGGCAAUUUCACUCGAAUGAAAAAAAACCGAAUGAGUCAUACCUAACUCAUUUCCUAAUCAAUCUUCAUUCAUGGAAAUUAACACAUCAACCACGAGAACCACGUUUACACUGGAGUUCACGUUUCCGUCAGCCGAAAGUACAAACUGAAGACGCUGAAAACGAUCAAAGCAGCGAAUAUUGGGAUUCUUGGUUUAAACAGCACCAAUCAUCUUCACUUCUACCCUUUUCUCAACAGGCAACUUCCUUAUCAUUAGAUCGGAUUUAUUUCCUCGAUCAAUCCCAAACCAUCUCAAUGCCUAAACGAUCACGAGAUUUGCAAUCACCUGAAGUUGAAAUUCCUCGAAAGCGAGAUAAAUAUUCUCAAUUGGAUUUUCAUUUACCAAAACGAACAUGGUCGAAUACGACUUACCAAGCACAUUUGGAGAAAAGUCGUUAUCAUCACUUUAAUUUUCACCUAGUUAAUUAUAAUAUUCUUGCACAAAAAUUAAUUGAAGAUAAUCCGUCGUUGUAUGCGGAUUGCCUCGACCAAGAUCUUCAUUGGCAUCGACGCAAAGAACGUUUGUUAAGAGAAUUAUUAAAACAAGAUGCUGAUAUUAUCUGUCUUCAAGAAAUGCAAAGAGAACAUUACAAACAUGAUUUCCGACCGAAAAUGAUGGAUCAUGGAUAUAAUUCAAUCUAUAUCAAACGCUCCGGCGAUAAAUCAGACGGCUGCUGUUUAUUCUAUCGAACCGAUCGAUUAAAAGUAGUUGAAAGCAAAACAGUGCCAUUUUAUCAGAGAAAUAUCCCACUUUUAGACAGAGAUAAUUGUGGUUUAAUUGCUCUGUUUCAACCAGUGUCAUCGAAAGCAACUUCAGAUGAUCUAUUUUGUGUUGCUACUACUCAUUUGCUUUUCUCACCGAAACGUGGAGAUAUUAAAUUAGCUCAGCUGCAAUAUUUUCUUGCGGAAAUCGAUCAAUUUGCAAUGAAAACAGCUUCACUGAAUUCGUAUUAUCCAAUCAUUAUCUGUGGUGACUUCAAUGCCCAACCACACUCACCGUUAUCGAAAUUCUUGAUCAAUGGACAUAUUAAAUAUGAUACAUUUCGUUCCAUUGAAAUAUCCGGUCAAAUUCCUCAAUCGAUUGUACAAAAUCGUUUUUCCCUACAACUUCCAUCUAGAGAAUUGGUGCCGAGUGCAUUUGUUACAUCCGAAUGUCGUUUUCCUCGACAGAGUUCUUCUCAAACAACAGACUCAAUCAUUUACGAGCAGUACAUCAGUCGAAGAUCAUCGGCAACUUUAACUCACAAUAAGCAAUUCCAUUCAGUUUAUGAUUUAGAGAACACAGCCGAUGUGACGACAUGUAUUGACAAUGAAUAUAAUUUGGUCGAUUAUAUUUUUUACACGAAACAAGAUAAUGAUCGGUAUCGAUUGAACUUAAUCAGUCGAUAUGAUUUGUAUCAGCAGCAACAAAUGACAGCGAAAUUCGCAUUGAAAUUAAAAAAGAAAAAGAAAAUAAAUUGA